UGAUUUUGCAUUUCCAGGUAGGGGGCGCACGAGAGCCGCACACGUGCCCUACCCAUGCCACUAUUCACGGCCUCGGCUUUCAAUCACCGGCUCCUGCACACUCUGCAUAGCAGUGUGCUUAUAGUUGAAAAGCACAGACACAUCACAGAGUAAAACAGCACACAGUUAACCCUUUGAUCACCCCUACAUGUUAGCCCCUUCCUGCCCAGUGUCAUUAGUACAGUGUCUGUGCUUUUUGUUAGUACUGAUCACUGUAUUGGUAUCACUGGGGAUGUCAGUGACACCAAAUCAGUUUUCCCCAGUGUCAGAAUGCCUGCCGCAGUUCUGC